UCACCCUGGCUGUUGUGCUUUUUGCUAUGGGUGGGUAUGGAACUUACCUUGGUUUCCGAAUCCGAGUGUCUGAUGAUGUGGAGGAGAAGGCCAAAGCCAAAGACUUGCAUCCUAAACUUCUUGGAGGGAUGUUUAUCUUCUUUGCUCUCGAUGCCGCAGGUGGAAUAACAUCUCUACUCACUUCAGAUAAACCUAUCUUUGAAAGUCCUCAUGCUGUCACAGGUACCAUCGGGCUUGCGCUUUUGACUCUGCAGAGUAUAUUGCCGGCAUUAUUUGAGGGAAAUCCUGGAUUAAGGAAUCCUCAUGGAAUCCUGGGUAGUGGAAUCAUGACAUAUUGUUUCUUGUCCAUGCUGCACUUGGACUUCAGCUGGGCUGUGAUUCAUGUGACAAAAAUGUUAAAUGUGAUUUCUGUGUGCGUACAAUGAAUAUUCAUAGUUAAUCACUUGAAACAUGAAUUACACGUGACGUGGGUCUAUUUAGGCUGA